AUGAUUCUGGUGGCCAUCUACGAGAUUGGCCAUGCCAUUUAUCCUGCGGCAUAUUUGACGACGGGGAACUGUAGUCGAUAUGGCAGUGCUCUAGGACUCAGUAAGACUGUGGAGAGUUUCGAUGCUUUCGAGGAGAACCAGAGUCUUAUGGAAGCUGAAGAAAAACGAAGGAGCUGGUGGGCUGCUGUGAUUCUCGACCGUCUUGGGUGCGCGGAACGUGCUUGUUUGUUUCCAGACCCAAGCAGCGGCAGCAUCCUCCCUAUGGAUGACGCUCUUUGGGAACAAGGCGGUCACAUUGAACGUCCGAUGCAUCGUCUUUCUUCACCCCCCACUGAAACGAUGGGCCGUUAUGGCCUUACCGCGCAAGCAGCAGUUCUACUGGGAAGAGUUUUCCAAAACAUUCAUGAUACCUCGGCAAUGGAAGGAUUCCAGGAAAACGAAGCAAGGAUAUUAGAUAGUACCUUGGUUGCACUGACAAACGUGUCGUUUCAAGAGGGUCGAUUCCGAGGCAUAGGCGUUUGCAGCCCAACCACAAUCUGCUUCAGUGCGAGACUUCUCCUCCACGACGAAUCGCGGUACCCAAGCACCAGGCAUCGAGCAAUAUCCGACCCUUUGACCCGUAUCAACAUCGAAGCUGACAUUGCAGCGCACAUGCUGCGCUUGGCGGACAGUGUCGGUGGAACGAGACGCUGUGGUAUUGAAGAAAUAUCUCCAUUCUGUUUGGAGCCCAUGUAUCGCUCCGGCAUUGUGUAUGCCCGGAGGUACAGCGAGACCGGGCAACAAGAGGACCAGCAAGCGUUUGAAACGAUCAAACAAGGACUUAGAGCGAUGGCUGGUCGAUGGAAGGCGGCAGGCAAGUCAUUAGAUGCUUACGUUGGUCUGCUCGAGGCUCGAGAGCUGACGGGUAUUUUGUGA